GGAGCGACGAUUGUAGCUUCCCACGCCUCUCUCCGGGAAGGCGUUGAGUCAACUGGCUUUUUCUUUGCGGUGCUGGGUGGGAACCAUUCGGGAUGGAGACCUCUGGCAGCCGAUGGUGAGGCUGAGCAUUUCUCCAGGUGCCCCUCCAUCAUAUCACUCAUGCACCAUGAGAAGCAGAUGGGGUCUUGCAGGGUUGCUACUUCUAGCCAUCAAGGUCUCGGGGCUGAAAACAGGUGAUCUAGAUGCCACUAUGGGCCUACGGUGUUUCCAACCAUUUCACCACAAGUUUGUGAACUGCAGCUGGCUGACCUGGGAAUCUCAAAAUGCUAACACCGUCUACGUCCUUCACUAUGAAAGCCUAAAGUUGGGCAAACUGCUGCCACAAUUUGACCAGGUACACUCCGUGGCAGCCCAAAUGGGACAGAAUUGGCUGGUUAUUGAACGAUGGAAACUGACACAUGGAGACGAAUACAGUGUCUGGAUGGAAGUUCGCAGUGCAGAUGGGAUUGCUGUCUCCAAGAAAUUAAACUUCAGCCUGGAUGAAUUAGGGACUCCCUGUCUUCCUGAACUGGAUCAUGUGGAACUGGAUUGCUCUGAAGCCACAGUGACAUGGAAGAACCCGCAGUGGUCUGAAUUUCAUAAUGAUCAAUCUCUCACCUAUGCUAUUCGAUACAAGGCAUCCACAGACCAUGAAUGGACCUAUGAGAGCCACCUAGACCAAGAGAACCAUGAAUUGUAUGACCUGAAACCAUUCACCUGCUAUGAGGUGCAGGUACAGUGCAUCCCAGGAAAUAAAAAAGACUCUUGGAAUGAAUGGAGUUCUUCCAAAUCCUUCUGUACCUGUGAGGCUGCUCCUUUUGGUCAAGUUGAUGUGUGGCAAAAAGGCUGUAUCUCUGACCGCCAGAAUGAAAGCUGCUUGCUGCUGUGGAAGGCACUGGAUCCAGAAGCAGCCCAGGGAACGAUCCUUGAUUAUGAAGUUAUUGUCCAGGACCAUAGCAAAGCAGUCCAUAGAAUGAAUUACAACUGCUGUCAGGCUUUGAUCCCUAUCGCUGCACAGUACGUCUCCAUAGCAGCCCGCAACUCUGUUAAGAAGGCUCCCUGGGCCAAUCUCAGCUUGGAGAAAACAGAACUGCCAGGCCCUGAGGACAUUACAGUGGUGGCAUCAGAAGGUUUGGGACUCAAUGUGACAUGGAAGCCCAGCAUGGAUUCUCAAUGGGUUCAGCCUCAGGAAUAUGUGGUCGAGUGGAGAAAAGAGAUCGUUGACAGUGUGGGAGAGUUGCUGAACUGGAUUCGCACACCUAGAAGCAGUACCAGUGCCCUAUUGAGAGGCAACUUCAGUUCAAAGGUACCAUACCUUGUGUGUGUGUAUGGAUUGUAUGCUCAUGGGACAACUGCCUCAGAUGCUGUACGCGCCUAUUUCAAAGAAGAAGUACCAUCAGCUGGUCCCCAAGGACUGCAAGACAGAAGACUUUCAUCCACUGCCACUUCCAUCUCGUGGGAGGAGAUUCCCUUGGCAGACCGCAAUGGGCAUAUCAUACACUAUACACUUUACCUGAAACAUCUCCAUUCAGGCAGCCUCAGGGUUCACGCACCCAUUAAUGCUAUGGAAAGAAAUUACAUCAUCUCAGAUCUGGAGCCAGGAACAACCUACAAGGUCUGGAUGACUGGCUCUACAUCAGCUGGAGAAGGUGCAGCUAGUGCAGUGCAUCACUUCAGUACAUCAGCUUUUGGUUGGUGGAGCAUUGUUGUGAUCAUUUUAUUUGUGGUAAUCCUGUUUAUAGCGAGUGCCAUUAUGCUGUUGAAAUACAGAAGGCUAAAGGGCCUCUGCCAUAAGGUCCUACCUCGGUGGUGUUACGAGAAAAUUCCAGAUCCAAAACACAGUGGGAUUGCUGCGGAGAUGAACGAAGAGAGCACUACACCAGCCACGGAGACCCUGAUCAAGCAUUCUAGCUUGUUUCCAGAAAUUAUGGACAUUGCUGAGAUAUCAGAAGAAAUCCCUGAGCCAUCUCCACCACCACGAGCAGGAUCAAAUACCAUGGUGAUUUCUGGCUAUGAAAAACGAUUUCUUCCCACACAAGAGGAAAUCCUAAAUUGGGCUGAGCAGGAAGGAAACACUUCUCCAUGUUUUGGGCUAAGAGAAAGGGAGACCUGAUCUUUGGGGAUAGUAUACUCAGCUGCUACUUUGGAUCCAACUGCAGAUGCAAUUUCUCUUGGAAGGACCAUUCCUUGGGCUCUUAAAGCUCCUACUGUG